GUAUUUUUUAUUAUAGAUUUCGUAACAACGUCUCCAGAACACAAGCUUUCUUAUUGAAUGAUUUUGAGAUACAGUUAGAAGGAGAGUAAGAGAAAAGGGAGUCGUUGUGGGUUUUGAAGAUGAGUUCAAGAACUGGAGCCUUUAUGCUCCUGAUCUUGCUUUUCUUCCAAAUUAGUUCUGUAUCUGCGCUCACAAACAGUAUAGACGCUGUUGCUUUACUAGCUCUAAAGAGUGAGUUGGCCGGGACUCCUAAGAAUUGGAAAGGCUUUGAUCCUUGUGGAGCCAAUUGGGUUGGAAUUUCGUGUAGCAAUGGUCGCGUUGUUAACAUAUCACUAGGCAACCUUAACUUGCAAGGAAAGCUUCCUGCCGAUAUUUCAACGUUGUCUGAAUUGAUGACCCUGGAUUUGACAUCCAAUUCUAAUAUGACUGGACCGCUUCCACCAAAUAUCGGUAACCUCAAGAAGUUGACAGAGUUAAAUCUUAUGGGAUGUGGUUUCGAUGGUCAAAUCCCUGAGUCCAUAGGAAAUCUUGAAAAACUUACAAAACUCUCCCUGAAUUCAAAUAAGUUCAAUGGAAAAAUUCCGGCUUCCAUGGGACGGUUAUCGAAACUAUAUUGGUUUGAUAUAGCUGACAAUCAGAUCGAAGGAGAGAUUCCAGUUUCUAAUGGGAGUUCAUCACCUGGACUUGACAUGCUUCUUCAAACUGUGCAUUUUCAUUUUGGGAAAAACAAGCUUUCAGGGAAGAUCCCAAAAGAACUUUUCACCUCAAACAUGACUUUGAAACAUUUGCUCUUCGAUGGAAACUUAUUCACAGGCGAAAUCCCAGAGAGCCUCAGUCUCGUUAAAACAUUGGUUGUAUUACGUCUUGAUAGGAACAGACUAAGUGGAGAAAUACCUCCAAGUCUGAAUAACCUCACAAAUCUUCAAGAACUGUACUUGUCCAACAACAAAUUUACAGGUACUAUUCCAGUUUUAACAAGCUUGACCACUCUCUUCACAUUAGAUGUGAGCAAUAACCGAUUUACCUCCUCAUUCCUUCCAUCAUGGAUUUCUUCAAGCAACCUAACAACAUUAAGGAUGGAAGGUAUCCAACUUCAAGGUCAAGUACCAAUCUCCCUCUUCAACCCUCCUAGUAGUUUGGAGACUGUUAUCCUAAAGCGCAAUUGGCUUAACGAGACACUCGACUUUGGUACUAGCAAAAGUUUGCGGUUUGUGGAUUUACAAUACAAUGACAUAACUGAGUAUAAACAACCAGCUAAGAAAGACCUUAAAGUAAUCUUGGCAAAUAAUCCAGUGUGUCCGGAGGUGGAGAACCCACCGGAUGAAUACUGCAAAGUAGUCAAACUAAGUUCCUCAUUUUUUGCUCCUAAGAGAAAAGAAAACUGUCAUCGACAAUGUGGCCAGGACAGAAAUUUGACUGCAAUCACGUGCCGGUGUGCGUAUCCAGCCUCAGGGAUACUCACCUUUAGAUCGCCUUCAUUCUCAGGGUUUUCAGACGACAGCAACUUCGAAUUGCUUUAUAACAACCUAACAGGUUUCUUUAACAAUUCCAAUUAUCGAGUGGAGUCGGUGUCCAUAGGAAAUAUAAGAGAGGAUGAAACUGAGCAUCAUCUUCUAAUUGAUCUCUUGAUCUUCCCAUUAAAGGAAGAAAGGUUUAAUGAGACCGGAAUGGAUAGCGUUAUUUCCAGGUUUAGCACACAGACUUAUAAGCCUCCUGACAGGUUUGGCCCUUACAUAUUCAAAGCCAAUAAGUACGAUAAGUUCCCAGAUGAAAAAGGUUUAAAGUCGUCACACAUCAUCGGAGCUAUACUUGGUGCUGCUGUUUUUCUGUUGUUGCUAAUGAUAGCUGGGAUUUAUGCUCUCAAGCAGAAGAAGAGAGCAGAGAGAGCAAAUGAUCAAAUUAAUCCUUUUGCCAAGUGGGAUGCCAAUCAGAACAGUGUCGAUGCUCCGCAGCUCAUGGGAGUAAAAGCAUUUACAUUUGAAGAGAUGAGGAAAUGCGCUAACAACUUUUCAAUGGCAAAUGAUGUUGGUGGUGGAGGUUAUGGCCAGGUGUACAAAGGGAUUCUUCCCUCAGGGCAACUCAUAGCAAUUAAAAGAGCACAACCAGGAUCUUUACAAGGAGCGUUGGAGUUUAAAACUGAGAUCGAGCUUCUUUCAAGGGUCCAUCAUAAAAACGUUGUCAAACUCUUAGGCUUUUGCUUUGAUCGAGGUGAACAAAUGCUUGUCUAUGAGUACAUUCCAAAUGGUUCUCUAAGAGAUAGUCUAUCAGGGAAAAAUGGGAUUAGACUUGAUUGGACAAGAAGGCUUAGAAUAGCACUUGGCUCAGGGAAAGGCUUGGCUUAUCUUCAUGAGCUUGCUGAUCCUCCAAUUAUACACAGAGACGUCAAAUCAAGUAAUAUAUUACUUGAUGAAAGUCUAGCUGCAAAGGUUGCUGAUUUUGGCCUCUCCCAACUUGUGGAAGAAGCUGAGAAAGCUAGUGUUACCGCACAAGUGAAAGGAACCAUGGGCUAUUUGGAUCCUGAGUACUUCAUGACGAGUCAAUUGACAGAGAAAAGUGAUGUGUAUGGGUUUGGGGUGAUGAUGUUGGAGCUAUUAACCGGUGAAAUUCCGAUAGUGAAUGGUAAAUAUGUGGUGAAAGAGGUGAAGAUGAAGAUGAAUAAAUCAAAGAAAUUGUACGACCUACAAGAAUUGUUGGACACUACCAUCAUUUCAACCAACGAGAAUCUUAAAGGAUUCGAAAAGUUCGUAGACUUGGCUCUAAUAUGCGUGGAUCAAGAAGGAGUGAAGAGGCCAUCGAUGAAUGAGGUUGUAAAAGAAAUUGAGUACAUAAUGCAACAUGCAGGAUUAUAUCCUAACGUAGAUUCAGCUGCAAGUUCAAGAACGUAUGAUGAAGCAAGCAAAGGAUCCGGGGAUCUUUAUAGAAACAACUCGUUUGAGUAUAGUGCAAGUUUCCCAACUACAAAACUCGAACCCCAUUGAUAAGUCCGGAUGCUACACCAAAAGGCCAAGAUUUAUGCUUUGUCAAAUUAGGCACGUGUGCUUCAGAUGUCAAAAUUGGCUACAAUUCUUGAUGUAUCCAAAAUAAUUGGAGUUUCUUGCCAAAUUUUUCAGAAUACUAAAAUGCCCUCAAUUAAACUACAUAUU